CAGGAACUGCAGAUGCCCAACAGCAGCUCCAUCAGCCAGUUCCUCCUCCUGGCGUUGGCAGACACGCGGCAGCUGCAGCUCCUGCACUUCUGGCUCUUGCUGGGCAUCUACCUGGCUGCCCUCCUGGGCAACGGCCUCAUCAGCACAGCCGUAGCCUGCCACCACCGCCUGCACACCCCCAUGUACUUCUUCCUGCUCAACCUCGCCCUCCUCGACCUGGGCUGCAUCUCCACCACUCUCCCCAAAGCCAUGGCCAAUGCCCUCUGGGACACCAGGCACAUCUCCUAUGCUGGAUGUGUUGCACAGACCUUUCUGUUUGUCUUUCUGAUGUCAGCAGAGUAUUGCAUUCUCACCAUCAUGUCCUAUGACCGCUAUGUUGCCAUCUGCAAGCCCCUGCACUAUGAGACCUUGAUGGACAGCAGAGCUUGUGCCACCAUGGCAGCAGCUGCCUGGGGCACUGGGCUUCUCCAUGCUCUGCUGCACACUGCCAGUACCUUUUCAAUACCAUUUUGCCAACACAAUGCCAUUGACCAGUUCUUCUGUGAAGUAGCCCAGAUCCUCAAGCUCUCCUGCUCAGAAUCAGACUACCUCAGGGAAACUGUGAAUGUCUAUUUCAGUCUUUGUUUAAUCUUUGGUUGUUUUGUUUUCAUUGUUGUGUCCUAUGUGCAGAUCUUCAGGGCCGUGCUGAGGAUGCCCUCUGAGCAGGAACGGCACAAAGCCUUCUCCACGUGCCUCCCUCACUUGGCUGUGCUCUCCCUGUUUCUCAGCACUCUCUUAUUUGCCUACCUGAAGCCACACUCCCUUUCUUCCCCAUCCCUGGACCUGGUGGUGUCAUUUCUGUACUCGGUGGUGCCUCCCACAGUGAAUCCUUUCAUCUAUGCUGUGAGGAACCACAAGCUCAGGGAUGCCCUGGGGAAACUUUGGGAAAUCCCCAGCUAUAGCAGAAAAUAUUAG